GUGCUAACGCGUACAGACAACUACGCAAUCUCUAGGGCUUCUGAUCCGCUGUCAACUUCAUUCAACCCAUAAUCCGAGCCGAGCUUCGGGUCAUUAUCCAAGAGAUUUAUACAACAACCACAAGACGAGGAAUUGCCCACUAACGGCACUAACGGGCUAAUCUCUUCUCACAAUGUCGGGCAACGCAUACGAUCGUCACAUUACCAUUUUCUCUGACAAUGGUCGCCUAUACCAAGUCGAAUAUGCCUUCAAGGCCAUCACAGCCGCCAACAUCAUGUCUGUCGGUGUUCGCGGAAAGGACUGCGCCGUAGUCCUCUCGCAAAAGAAAGUUCCUGACAAGCUGAUCGACCCCUCCUCCGUUACACACAUCUUCCAGAUCUCCCCCUCAGUCGGUUGCGUUAUCACAGGUUCCAUCGCAGACGCUAGAGCAUUUGCGCAAAGAGCGCAGGGCGAGGCUGCUGAGUUCCAGUACAAGUUUGGCUACGAAAUGCCCGCCGAUGCUCUUGCUAAGCGCCUGGCGAACAUCAGCCAAGUGUACACACAAAGGGCUUACAUGCGUCCUUACGGUGUUGCGACGACCAUUAUCUCCCUCGAUUCGGAAUACGGACCCCAGCUGUUCCGCUGCGAUCCCGCCGGCUACUACAUUGGUUACAAGGGCACAGCCGCCGGUCCUAAGCAGCAGGAGGCAAUCAACCAUCUCGAGAAGAAGCUGAGAAACAAGGACUGUGCUGAAGGUAGCUGGGAAGAUGUCGUUGAACUGGCCAUCACAACGUUGAGUACGGUGCUGAGCAUGGACUUCAAGAAGGGCGAGAUUGAGAUUGGUAUUGUUGGUGGUCCCCGCGCAGAUGGCCAGGAAGGCACCGAACCUCGUUUCCGCGUCCUGACUGAGGAUGAGAUUGACGAGCGACUGCAGGCGAUUGCUGAAAAGGAUUAAAUACAGCCUUGAGGGCGUGUUGCCUGUUUGCAAAACCAAAAACAGUCUCCGCCGUAGAGGCAGAGCAAGCAUAAAUAGAUUUUGCCUGUCGUUGUUGGCAAAUAGUGAUGCUGCAUUCUGCAGCGGCGCUUCUUCCAUUUCAAGGAGUCGUCUAUGUACGUGUAUCAAGAAAUCCAACUUUGAUGAAUAUGUAUCUUGCAGAGCUGU